CUUGUACACGUUUUAUUUCUGGGAUCGCCACUGGUUCCCUGGUAGGGCUUCAGAAAAAUAAAAAGGAGGUCCCUGAGCAAAGGCUGGGGGGCCCUUCAUCUGAGGCCAACCCUCUCUUGUCCCAAGGAUGGCCUGGACUGCUCCGCCCCGCGGCUCCCCAGGGGCAAAGCCGCGAGGGUCCGGGUGAGAGCCCAGUGCUGGACCAGCUCGGAGCUCAGGGGUCCCGGCCGAAAUCCCUGCUGUCUUUCAGGUCAAACGUCAUAAUUCCCGAACCCCAGAAAGGCCAAAAAGCAAGGCAACCCCGAAAGACGACGAAGUCAACACCAGGGCGCAGGGCCAGUGUGCUGACGAGGGAGGCUGGAGCCGGGGGGACAAGGCGCCCCAUACAGCGGCAAGAGGGCGGAGGGCAGGAGCUGGCCGUCCUGGGUGAAAGCGGGGCCCAGCGAAGAGGCCCGGCCACAGGAAUCUCGGUUCCACCCCGCGACUCCCGGCAGUGACUCCAGUUUCGUCCCCAGCCGCCCGGCCCCGCCCCGCCCCCAGCGGGCACUCAGGCCGUACCACUGUGCCUUCAUGGGGGUGGAGUUAGAUCGUGGGCUAGUCCUGCCGAGGAGAGAGGGGUUCUUCCUCAAAAAAUAUCAUUAUGUAUAGUAUUUGCAUGAUUCUAGUUAACUCGUUUCCCAUCUGCAUGCUGGCAACCUCUACCUGCGCUAGGAAGGGGGCGGAGCGCUUUCCUGCCUCCCCCUGCUCUUCCACGUUUGGUGCGCGCCUGCGCGGUGCGUAGGCGGCGGGACGUACUUAAGCUUCGACGCAGGAGGCGGGGCUGCUCAGUCCUCCAGGCGUCGGUGCUCUGCGUUGUUGGAAUCUUGUUGCUUGCUUGGCUGUGCGCGCGUGCGCCGACAUGGCCUCAAACGAUUAUACCCAACAAGCAACCCAAAGCUAUGGGGCCUACCCCACCCAGCCCGGGCAGGGCUAUUCCCAGCAGAGCAGUCAGCCCUACGGACAGCAGAGUUAUAGUGGUUACAGCCAGUCCACGGACACAGGCUAUGGCCAGAGCAGCUAUUCUUCUUACGGCCAGAGCCAGAACACAGGCUAUGGAACUCAGUCAGCUCCCCAGGGAUAUGGCUCGACUGGCGGCUAUGGCAGUAGCCAGAGCUCCCAAUCUUCUUAUGGGCAGCAGUCCUCCUACCCUGGCUAUGGCCAGCAGCCAACUCCCAGCAGCACCUCGGGAAGUUACGGUAGCAGUUCUCAGACCAGCAGCUAUGGGCAGCCCCCGAGUGGGGGCUACGGCCAGCAGCCUAGCUAUGGUGGACAGCAGCAAAGCUAUGGACAGCAGCAAAGCUAUAAUCCCCCUCAGGGCUAUGGACAGCAGAACCAGUACAACAGCAGCAGCAGUGGUAGUGGAGGUGGAGGUAGCUAUGGCCAAGAUCAAUCCUCCAUGAGUGGUAGUGGUGGUGGCGGCGGCGGUGGCGGCGGCGGCGGCAGUGGUGGUGGUGGUGGUUAUGGCAAUCAAGACCAGAGUGGUGGAGGCGGCGGUGGCUACGGACAGCAGGACCGUGGAGGCCGUGGCAGGGGCGGCAGCAGUGGUGGCGGCGGUGGCAGUGGUGGUGGUUACAACCGCAGCAGUGGUGGCUAUGAACCCAGAGGUCGUGGAGGUGGCCGUGGAGGCAGAGGUGGCAUGGGCGGAAGUGACCGUGGUGGCUUCAAUAAAUUUGGUGGCCCUCGGGACCAAGGAUCACGUCAUGACUCCGAACAGGAUAAUUCAGACAACAACACCAUCUUUGUGCAAGGCCUGGGUGAGAAUGUUACAAUUGAGUCUGUGGCUGAUUACUUCAAGCAGAUUGGUAUUAUUAAGACAAACAAGAAAACGGGACAGCCCAUGAUUAAUUUGUACACAGACAGGGAGACUGGCAAGCUGAAGGGAGAGGCAACGGUCUCUUUUGAUGACCCACCUUCCGCUAAAGCAGCUAUUGACUGGUUUGAUGGUAAAGAAUUCUCUGGAAAUCCUAUCAAGGUCUCAUUUGCUACUCGCCGGGCAGACUUUAAUCGGGGUGGUGGCAAUGGUCGUGGAGGCCGAGGGCGAGGAGGACCCAUGGGCCGUGGAGGCUAUGGAGGUGGUGGCAGUGGUGGUGGUGGCCGGGGAGGAUUUCCUAGUGGAGGUGGUGGCGGUGGAGGACAGCAGCGAGCUGGUGACUGGAAGUGUCCUAAUCCCACCUGUGAGAAUAUGAACUUCUCUUGGAGGAAUGAAUGCAACCAGUGUAAGGCCCCUAAACCAGAUGGCCCAGGAGGGGGACCAGGUGGCUCUCACAUGGGGGGAAACUACGGGGAUGAUCGUCGUGGUGGCAGAGGAGGCUAUGAUCGAGGCGGCUACCGGGGCCGCGGAGGGGACCGUGGAGGCUUCCGAGGGGGCCGGGGUGGUGGGGACAGAGGCGGCUUUGGCCCUGGCAAGAUGGAUUCCAGGGGUGAGCACAGACAGGAUCGCAGGGAGAGGCCGUAUUAAUUAGCCUGGCUUCCCAGAUUCUGGAACAGCUUUUUGUCCUGUACCCAGUGUUACCCUCGUUAUUUUGUAACCUUCCAAUUCCUGAUCACCCAAGGGUUUUUUGUGUCGGACUAUGUAAUUGUAACUAUACCUCUGGUUCCCAUUAAAAAUGACCAUUUUAGUUAAAU